UCUUUGAUCCUCCCCCUAGGCCCAUCAUCUUGCCCUGUGCUUUCUCCGCUGGCGGUGAGCGUUAGCGGACGGUCAAUCGUCAUGCGGCUCGAAUCAUUUUUACAGCUAUCUCUAGCCACCCUCCUCUCAUUACCGGCGGCUACGGGUGCACAGUACAACUACUCCGACCCCGACGUCGUUUCUCCACUCUUUUCCUCUUUCGAUGAUCGACCGGGCCAUUGUCCACCGUGUUUCAAUUGUCAGCUAGACGCUUUCCAAUGCGGCCAGUACGCCCGUUGCGAUAAAUUUACCGGGAAGUGCGUGUGUCCUCCGGGCUUUGGAGGUGAUGACUGUCUCGAACCGUUGUGUGGGUCGCUGGGCGAUGGCCAUGCAAGAAGGCCACGGAAGGACAAGUAUUGCUCUUGCAAGGACGGCUGGUCGGGGAUCAACUGCAAUGUGUGCCAAACCAACAAUGCGUGCAAUGCGAUGAUGCCCGAGGGUGAGGGUGGUGUGUGUUAUAAACAGGGCGUCACGGUGAAGGAGAACUUUCAGAUGUGUGAUGUGACCAAUCGCAAGAUUCUCGAUCAGCUGAAGGAACGGAAGCCCCAGGUGACAUUCUCCUGCGAGGCAGAGGACCAAACGUGCAACUUCCAAUUCUGGGUGGACCAGAAGGAGUCGUUUUACUGUGGUCUAGAUACGUGCAACUGGGACUUGGAGACCACCCACGACCAAAACACGACCAGUUACAGAUGCGACAACAUCAGCUGCAGGUGCAUCCCUGGUCGGAUGCUCUGCGGUGAAGAAGGCUCUAUCGAUAUUGGCGAAUUCUUAUCGGAAUCCAUCAAAGGCCCCGCAAGCUUCUCCACGGUUUCGACCGAAGGAGGUAGUCCGGAAGACGGUAGUAUCUUUCAGGAACCGGCGAUGAAUGAGUUGAUCCAGAGCGUGUUUGGAGACAAGAGUAUCACACUCCGUUGCGAUGCUGGCGAAUGUCUGUAUCACACAGACGUCCCGGGAUAUGUACGUCCAAUCAAGCAGAUCAAUACGCCUCUCAUCGCCGGCGUCAUCGCAGGAUGUGCCCUUUUUGUCGUUGCAGUCAUUCUGUCGGUGUGGUAUCUGUCGCGGCGGUCGUACCACGACCGUAUCAUGUUGCCUCUGUCCGAUGAUUCGGAUGAUGAAGCUGCGAAGCUUCUGGCGGACCACAAACCUGCCGCCUUGUACUGGAACAAUGUGUCGUAUUACUUGAAUGGGAAGGAGAUCUUGGCCAAUGUCCAGGGUGCUUCGAAACCUGGUCAGAUCACGGCUAUCAUGGGUGCUUCGGGUGCUGGAAAGACCACCUUCCUCGAUAUCUUGGCUCGGAAGAAUAAGCGAGGUGCCAUUCACGGCGACUUUUUUGUUAAUGGCGAGAAGUUGGACGAUCAUGAUUUUAAGAAUAUGAUCGGCUUCGUGGACCAGGAAGAUACCAUGCUGCCUACUCUGACCGUGCACGAAACCAUCUUAACGAGUGCGCUCCUGCGUUUGCCACGGGAUAUGAGUCGCGGGGCGAAAGAGCAGCGCGUGUUUGAUGUUGAAAAGCAACUAGGAAUCUACCAUAUCAAGGACCAGCUGAUUGGAUCCGAGGAGGGUAGGGGCCGCGGUAUCUCUGGUGGCGAGAAGCGCCGAGUGGGCAUUGCCUGUGAGCUGGUCACUAGUCCCAGUAUCCUUUUCCUUGACGAACCGACUAGCGGACUGGAUGCGUUCAACGCAUUCAACGUGGUUGAGUGUCUGGUGACCUUGGCGAAGACUUAUAAUCGAACGGUAAUCUUCACGAUUCACCAGCCUCGAUCGAACAUCGUCGCACUGUUUGACCGUCUGGUCCUCUUGGCCCAAGGCCGAACUGUGUACUCUGGUCCUUUCUCGGCAUGUCAGCGGUAUUUCGAUCAUUCGGGAUACUCCUGUCCCCCUGGAUUCAACAUCGCCGACUACCUCGUUGACCUUACCAUGCACGCCAGUACCACUCGGUCCCACAGCGACGACUUUGUAUCGUCUAUGUUGGAUUCGCGGGCGGGGCCGCCCAAGACUGCCUCGAGCAGUUUGAGAGCGGUGAAGUCAGUCGCGAGUGCGUCGAACGCGAGCGUCGAGGAUAACUCGAGCAGCACCGUCGAGGGAUCCCGGCGACCGAAGAGUCAACGCCGUGUCUCUUUGAAGCAGCGACAGGAUAAACAACUUUACUCGCGGAAGAAGGAUUCUUCGGAGCCCCCGUCCACUCCUAAGACCGACGACGAAGACGCUCGUGUUGAAGCUCAAAACCCCCAGCAGUGGCUUCGUCUCUCCCGCCAGUCCGCCAAUGUUCCGCCGCAGAUCCUCGACGACCCCGAUGAAGUGCCCCUGGCCGCCCCCGGCCAUACCGACCUCGAUAUCCUGGUGACCAAUUACUCGACGUCGGAUGUUGCCCGCGCCGUGCAUGACGAAAUUGUUUCUUCCGUUCAAAGUGCGCGUGCAGCCAACGGGUCGGCCAACGCGGAGAUUUUCUCAGCCCCGACCGGCACCCCGAAGACCUACGCCCGGAUCGGUCUGGCCCGGCAAUUCCUGAUCCUGUCCCAGCGGACCUGGCGGAACCUGUACCGGAACCCCAUGCUGAUGCUCACCCACUAUGCUAUUUCCAUCCUCCUGGCGGUGUUGUGCGGGUACCUCUUCUACGGACUGACCGAUGACAUCAAGGGCUUCCAGAACCGGCUGGGCCUCUUCUUCUUCAUUUUGGCUCUGUUUGGGUUCAGUACGCUCACCAGCCUCACGGUGUUCUCGACGGAGCGACUCUUGUUUGUUCGGGAGCGGGCCAACGGGUACUAUCACCCGAUCACGUACUUUGCGGCGAAGGUGGUAUUUGACGUUGUGCCGCUCCGGCUCCUGCCCCCGGUGAUCAUGGGGGUGAUCGUGUAUCCCAUGACCGGGUUGAUUCCGGCGUGGCCAGAGUUCCUCCGGUUCAUCUUAGUUCUCGUUCUCUUCAACAUGGCGGCGGCCAAUAUCUGUCUGUUCAUCGGGAUUGUGUUCCGCGAUGGUGGGGUGGCCAACUUGAUCGGGAGCCUUGUGAUGCUGUUCAGUCUGCUGUUUGCUGGUCUGUUACUCAAUCACGAUGCUAUUCCCAAGUCCGCCUUGUGGCUCCAAACGUUGUCCAUCUUCCACUAUGGAUUCGAGGCCUUGAUCGUCAACGAAGUGACAUUCUUGACGCUGAUCGACCACAAAUACGGCCUGGAUAUUGAGGUGCCGGGAGCAUCGAUCCUGAGUGCGUUCGGCUUUGACACGGCGGCGCUGUGGACGGACGUGAUCGGACUGGCGGUGAUCUCGGGGGCAUUCGUUGUGAUCGCAUAUGCAGCGAUGCAUGUGCUGUUGGUUGAGAAGCGGUGAAUCUGGCGCAAUUUUUGUGUUGACCACCUGCCGGUUUGCGUUGUCUGUUUAUCAUCUUUCUUCUAUCUUAUUCGUUUUUUUCCUUGGGAUGGAAGUCGACACGA